CCCAGCUAGUUCCUCUGCAAGUUGAUCUCAUCUGUUUCAUUGGUCCAGUGUGUGGGUGGAGCUCAGAGAGCACUUUGCAGAGGAUGCAGAAUACGACACCCAUCCAGACAUGAUGCAGGAAACUUGACCGAUGCGAAAGAUGCAUAACACAGCAUACAUGUAGGCAAUAUAUUGUUAUAUAAGAAGCCUUUUCCCCACUCUUAUGCUCUGUCUUUGCUACAAUUGCGCAUUGAGAGAUGUCCGCCCGCCUCCGCUCCUCUGUCCAUCACUGACUGACGUUACUGCAGACGCGUCUCUCGCGGUUCCCGGAAUGAACCGCAGAAUCAUCAUUCUGUUCCCAGACAGAUUCAAGCGGAUCCUGAGGAAACUGUAGGCUAAACCUCGGCCUCGUCAUGGCAAGAUCAGCAAACAGAAGCGGUAAGGACGGAGACUCAAGGGUAUCCGCUCCCGCGGAGAGAGGUGAGAUCAGGGAACUGUCUCUGGAGGAGGUGCUGAAGUCUUAUGAGCAGCCCAUCAAUGAGGAGCAGGCUUGGGCAGUGUGUUUUCAGUGCUGCAGAGAGCUGAGAGCGCCGCGCCCGGACACGCAGCCUGCCGAAGAGUUUCUGAUCCGAGACCUGUCAUCCAUAAUCCUGCACAGGGACGGAACCGUCACGACACAUCUGGAGAGCAGCGAUGACAGUAAUGCUAACUGUGCUUCUGCUGCUUCUGGAAAGCUGGUUCAGUCCAUGGGUGUUGCGAUCUACCGUGCUUUGGACUGGGGUCUGGAUGACAGUGAGGAACGGGAAUUGAGCCCUCAGCUUGAACAGCUCAUUGAGUUUAUGGUCGGUGGUCAGGACUGCAGCGAAUCUAAACAUUGUGGCAGUAAUGCAGCUAAAGACGAGGGCUACAGUGGCCAAGAGGAGGAUGAAGAAGAGGAGGAAGGCAUAGUGCAUGGCAUUCAUACUGUUCAUCAGGUGAUGACGCUUUGUGCCCGCAGACUGGCAAAUCCAGCUUUGGCUCCAGAGCACUACCAGGCUGUGUGUCGGGCGCUUUUCCUGGAGACCCUUGAGCUUCAGACCUUCCUCAGCAGGAUAAGAGAUGCCAAAGAGAUGCUAAAGAAGAUCAGAACGGAGGAACCACAGAAAGAAAACUCCACCGCUGAGCUUGAUGCUCUUCAACACACUGACUGGACUCGGCUGUGGGUGCAGCUGAUGAAGGAGUUGAGGCAGGGCGUGAAGCUCAAGAAGGUGGAAGAACAGCCGUUUAACCCUCUGCCCACAGAGUUCAGCCUCACGCCCUUUGAAAUGCUCAUGCAAGAUAUUCGUUCACGCAAAUACAAACUUCGCAAAGUUGUGGUAGAUGGAAAUAUCCCCACGUGUGUUAAACGAAACGCACAUGAGAUGAUUUUGGACUUUAUCAGAUCAAGACCCCCACUUAAACCAGUGUCUGAACGAAGACUGCCGCCUCCCCCUCAGCGACACCAGUCGCUCCAUGAUCGAGUCUUGGCUGAGAUCAGACAGGAUCACAAACUGAAACCUGUGGAGCCACAAAGUUCAAAGAGAUCAUUUGGCUCGUUACCAUGUCUGGCACACACCUGCCAAUGUGACAUCAAAUCAACUUCCUGCAUUGACCUGUCAGUCACAGGAGCAGGGUACCGUCCACCGUCCCGCAUACGUGUUCUUCUAAAGGCUCCAACACUGGAAGAAAUGGAGGAGAUGAAUAUAUUUGAGGAUGAAGAAUCUCCAGAUGGUAUGGAUAUCAGGCGGGUGGAGAGCUCUCCUACACCUCUGAAGAGAGAUCGCUCCUUCUCUGAACACGACCUGGAUGAGCUCAGAGGGGAAAUGAUGUCAUCCCGCUCAGAAUCACCUCAGCUCACAGGUGUCGGCCCCCUGAGAGGAGAGAGACCUCGAUCACACACACUGACGGGGGUCGGACCACCACACAUCUAUCAAGCCUCAUACCCUGGGUUUGACCGGAUGCCCCCGUCCACCUGUCACUCCUUUGGCUCAGAUGACAAAAGCAAUGAUGGAGCAGGAAGUGCUGCAGCAUCUCAUGGGCUCUCUAGACAUCAGUGGAUGGAGGAAUUCUGUCAUCCAGUCGACAGUCUGGCCUUAACCGUGGAUGAGGUCAUCAACGUGCGGCGGAUACUUGUCAGGGCUGAGAUGGAGAAAUACAUGCAGAACAAAGAGCUUUAUAAUAAUCUGAAGAAGGGCAAGAUAUGCUGCUGUUGUCGAGUAAAGUUUCCACUGUUUUCAUGGCCAUCCACGUGCCUCCUGUGUAAAAGGUCUGUCUGUAACUCUUGUAGUGCAAAGAUGAAGUUUCCCUACAAAAAGAUGGCACACAUUCCAGUGUACACUGUGGGAUUUCACAGCAGUGCGAAGAGUCACAAGAGUGAUGUCUAUAAGUCGUUGUGUUCUCUCUCCAGACACUCUGUUGAGCAAGAGUUUCCCCACCUGUACGCCGCAGGCUGCAACCUGAGAGAUGUGUGCUCUGACUGCACAAAGUUUGUGGCUGAUGUCAUUUCCUCCAGUCGCAGAAGCUUGGACAUCAUCAACAACACACCGAAACGAAAUAAACGGACAACCUCGACAUAUCCACAACCACAACCACAUGGUUUCAGCAGGAUGAGUAAAUGAAUGUAUCAACAGAUGUCUGAAUCUCAGAUCUCAAAACCUCACACACCCUCUUCACAAACUCUAAGCUGCCAGGUGGCAAGCAGCGGUUUUCCCUCAGAAAUAUUCGGCAGUGUUAGACGAUAGAAAUGUGAAUCAUUUCUGCCUCCUGCACCUAUCCGCAAUACUGUAUGUAUAGAUUAAGGGAGGCAAUGCUUCACUCUCCGAAAAAAUGGUACAAAAGCUGUCACUGGGAUGGUAUCCUUUUAAAAAGUUUAUAAUAUGUACCAUUUAGGUAUCAUACAUCAACUUUGAGGUACUAAUAUGCACUCUUUAAGUACAAAGGUGCACAUUUUGAAGGGAUACCGCCCUAGCGACAGCUUUUGUACCUUUUUCCCUGAGAGUGCUGAAGGCUUAUGGUAAAAAAGACAAUCCUUUUGCUUGAUUUUAGCUUGAAAAUUAUGCUAUAUAACUGAUCCAGGACUGUCCAUGCUUAGAGACAUCCUUAUACAGUACAUCAGUAAUGCAUAUUUCUAAUAGCAAAUGUAUUUUUAUGCUAUUCGAUCUAUUUAGCACCGGAGUGUUAUGUAAUUACCCUGGGACUGAGUCAGGCUGAUUUGUGAAGGUCAGAAUGAAGCAGAUAAUAGUAUCUUAUUCUCAGUAGAAUAAAGUGGCCUUUUGAUCCACAGCUCAAGCUCUCUUAUUUUGUAAGGUCUGCAAGUCUGCAAUAAAACCAAUGCCACAAAACUA